UUCAUGCAGCUGCACGUUUUUGCAGCCUUUGUGUGUCGUCGACCACACGCUCCUCGAUGAAGGCCGCGCGGCACAGAACCUGAACUUUGCCGUUUGCACGAGUUCGAACUUCGAGUUUAUGCGUGGACGCGCGCGUGUGUGUGUGAUAGCGCGUGUAGGCUUUUUGAAGUCGCUGUUGUGUUUUAAGCUGUUGCGCUCGGUAAAGGCUCCACUCCUUUUUUUGUUGCUCUGUAAUAUUUUAAUUCCUUGGGUACUUCUUUCAAUACCAAGAAUUCAGACAACUUAGUAUUCGCAAUUUUUUUAGAAUUUCAAAACAAUGGAAUUGCCUGAGGUUGGAUCACAAUGUUCAUUCACAGAAUGUAAACAGCUUGACUAUUUACCUUUGAAGUGUGAAAAGUGCAUACAAUUUUUUUGCAAAGAUCAUUAUAAUGCAUCUUUGCAUCUCUGUCCUAAAAUUAAUGAUGAUCCAGAGUCAAAAAAAGAUGUUAAAUUCACUGGCAAGGAACUACAUGAAGAUAAUCCAAUUGCUGAAGCAUUUGCCAUAAGGGAUGCUGCUUUUACACAACCACUUCAUGAUGAAAAACAUUGUCAGAAAUGGGACAAUUGGGAAAAAGCAAAAAAAGAUUUCCAAGAAUCUAAAACCAAUGUAGAUAAAGAUGUAGAUAGUAAAAUCAAAUCAAGUAAGAAUUCUGCAAUGGCUAACAAGGUGCAACUUAUGAAAUUAAAAGGAAAAGCUGUGGGUUUAAAAAAUAUUCCAAUUGCUGAACGUUGUUACUUUCAAGUUCAUCUUCCUAUUAAAGGUACAUUGAAAACAAAUUCUGGACCUAAAGCAGUAUUCGUAUCAACAGAGUGGAGUAUCGGUAGAAUAAUAGACAAUAUAUCUGAUUUAUUAAAUGUCCCCAAUAAUAAUAAUGUUGCAACUGCCACCAAGCUUAGAAUUUUUAAUCACAAGACAGGUGAUAUUGUAAGUAAAGAUCUUAGUGAUACAUUGUCACAGUUUAUCAAGUCAAACUGUUUAGUUAAUGGUAAUGAUAUCAUUUUGGAGUAUUGUGAAGAUGAAAAGAUUGAUGUCUCAUUGUAUAAAUAAAAAUUUUGAACUAAUUUUAUUUAAUUAUUGUAAAUAUUGUAAAAUAUAUA